GGCUGACUGCCUCGUUGUACUCGCCAUUGUCUCGGACGUUCCAUUCUAGAACGUCGCAACCUCCAGCCUUCACCUCCUCCGACCAGCCGCCCACCUACCGCCAUGAGGGAGAUCGUGCACAUCCAGGCCGGCCAGUGCGGCAACCAAAUCGGCGCCAAGUUUUGGGAGGUGAUCAGCGACGAGCAUGGAAUCGACCCAACAGGGACAUACCAUGGAGACAGCGACCUGCAGUUGGACAGGAUCAGCGUCUACUACAACGAGGCAACAGGUGGCAAAUAUGUCCCCAGAGCCAUCCUUGUCGAUCUGGAGCCAGGAACAAUGGACUCUGUCCGAUCCGGGCCCUUCGGACAGAUAUUCAGGCCCGACAACUUUGUCUUUGGACAAAGUGGUGCUGGGAACAACUGGGCUAAGGGCCACUAUACAGAAGGAGCUGAGCUGGUAGACUCUGUGUUAGAUGUAGUGAGGAAGGAGGCCGAGAGCUGUGAUUGUCUUCAAGGCUUCCAACUCACACAUUCCUUGGGUGGUGGUACUGGUUCUGGUAUGGGCACACUCCUCAUCAGCAAAAUCCGGGAGGAGUAUCCUGACCGUAUCAUGAACACCUUCAGUGUGGUGCCAUCCCCCAAGGUAUCUGAUACAGUUGUGGAACCAUACAAUGCCACACUCUCUGUGCAUCAGCUGGUCGAGAACACAGAUGAGACCUACUGUAUAGACAACGAGGCCCUCUACGACAUCUGCUUCCGCACUCUUAAGUUGACAACCCCAACCUACGGGGAUCUCAAUCACUUGGUCAGCGCCACUAUGAGCGGGGUAACCACCUGCUUACGUUUCCCAGGUCAACUUAAUGCCGAUCUCCGCAAACUGGCAGUCAACAUGGUUCCCUUCCCACGUCUCCACUUCUUCAUGCCAGGGUUUGCUCCACUAACCAGCCGAGGCAGUCAGCAGUACCGCGCACUGACCGUGCCAGAGCUCACACAGCAGGUGUUUGAUGCCAAGAACAUGAUGGCCGCCUGUGAUCCACGACAUGGCAGGUACCUGACUGUGGCAGCCGUUUUCCGUGGCCGCAUGUCCAUGAAGGAAGUAGAUGAGCAGAUGCUCAAUGUCCAGAACAAGAACAGCAGUUACUUCGUAGAAUGGAUCCCCAACAACGUCAAGACCGCCGUGUGUGACAUUCCACCACGCGGCCUUAAGAUGGCAGUCACCUUCAUCGGCAACAGCACCGCCAUCCAGGAGCUGUUCAAACGUAUCUCAGAGCAGUUCACUGCCAUGUUCCGUCGCAAGGCUUUCCUCCACUGGUACACAGGGGAGGGCAUGGACGAAAUGGAGUUCACAGAAGCAGAGAGCAACAUGAACGACCUCGUCUCCGAGUACCAACAAUACCAAGAUGCUACAGCAGAAGAAGAGGAAGAUUUCAAUGAAGAAGCUGAAGAGGAGGCUUAAAUUCUCUCUCCACCACCAACACCACGACUACCCCUCCCUUCUUCCUCAUCUCUCCUCCUUCAUUCUCAGGCUGAGAAAGUAAAGUCUAUCAUUUGUUUUCCUCCAUCUUUUUUCCAUCUUUCAGUGUUUUAUUCUUCUGCUCUUCUAUCCCUUCUUUAUAUUUGUUGCCUCAGUCAUGUUGAUGGUCAAAGGGCAGGCCUUUAGCUUGAGCAGGAUUACACCUCUGCUGUAGGGUUUCAGAUAGGUUGACGUACGGUUGAUAGAUCUUUGAAGGCUCUUUGAAUUACAGGUAGAACUUAAUCACCGUCUUGAGUUCCAUCAAACAUGUCCGAAAGCUUCCAUAAAAUUCUCAACCUUGUUGUGGCCGAGUGCUGGUCUCUUCAGCCACAGAUGGGUUUUGUGAUGCCUGCAGGCUUUAUGGGAGAGUUUGAAAGCAUCCUGACAUUGAGAUGCUCUUCUAGGUCCCAUUGCAGUGGUGAAUAUUUUUGAUCCUCGACUAGCGUUCUCCUCUCCUACUCGUUUCCUUAACUUAUUACUGUGAUAGCAUAAUUGGUCACUGCCAUUUCCAUAGACAGGCGGCAGUCAUGAGUACUGCGCCACCUCUUGUCCAGUUCUGCGGACGUCUUUCAACCAGUAACUGGGAUCUAAAGCUAACGAAUGCACUUACUGCCCUCCGCAUUGAAUAUUUUUGAAGAUUUCGGCCACUGUCUUAACUUCUCCGGUUGGCCGUAUUCAGGACGGCCUGCGGUUAAUAAGGAAACGAUCGUAUUUAGACAAUAAGAAAUAACUGGCUUGCUAGCGCAGAGAAGGAAUUGAGGGGAAGAAGUUUUUUAAAGUGAGAAGUGAACGUUUCGUUAUUUUAAAUUUUUUUUCCUUUGUUCUUCUCGUCAUUCUUGUCUUCUCUUUCUUAAGUUCCCCAUGGCAUAAUUAUUUUUUAUUUUACUGUUGCUUUUUCAUAUUGAAAAGAUGACAAGCCUGUGACAGAAAAAAAAGAAUAAAACCUUUUUUUUAAGUUUU